UGUCUUGUCUAGUGCAACGCGCUUUUAGGUCGAGAUGAAGCAAAAACUGAUUGCAAAAGAGCUGGAGUCAAAGAUGAAAAUAUGUACCUACAAUUGUUGCUCAUCCGAAGUAGACCUCCAAUUUUGAGUAGAGAAUGAAGUGACGCAUGGGCGACCAGAAAACGAGGCCGAUGGAAAAUUGGUUUCUAAGUACGUGGUCGUGCAUGCAACGAUGAUAGGUAUCUAUAUGAGAAGCAAAUGAAGAACAUGAAGGGAACGGCAACCCGAACCCCAAUAGCUGAAACGGAAAAUGAGGGCGUCACAGAAGAUCCUCGUGUGGGCGUCACCAUCGACGCAUACACGGUAGCUGCUCGGGAGCGCGACUAAGUACAUCCCUGCUCCUUGUAGAAACGGGUGCAAGAACUACGUAAAGCUCGCAACCCAGCGGAAUAAAACUGCGUCAUGGACCGUGCCGCCACGUAUCCGGACCCCGGGCUUUUCCUGCGCCAGUCGUUUCCGGCGAUGCGGCGGGGUCGGUCGGGCGAGCGGUCGCGUUCUCAAAACCGCUCCAUCGGAAGGACUUCAGGUACUACAACUGGCAUGAUGAGCCUUGGUUCCACCGCACCAGGGGGCUUUUUGCAGAGCUACGGAGGUGCUGGCUCAUUCGGUGAUCAUUACACAGCACAGCAACAAGGAGAGAUCACGAACAGUCACAACCAGAAACACAACAUCCGUGUUGUCAUCCGGGUUCGUCCACCAAUUGACCGGGAAAAGGAGGGCGGUAAAUACCACCAGAUCUGCCAGGUAGACCCCAACAACCAGUCCGUGACGCUGCAGGAGCUCGUGCCGAGCAACGAACACGGGAGCAGUAGCGGCUCGAGUAACUCGGCUUCAGAUAAGGACCACAACAACUCCAAGAGUGCGGCGGCCAAAGCGGCGGCGUCAGCGGAUUUCAUUACGAGCGGAAAUUUCCUCGUAUUCGCGAACCACGUCUUCACAUUCAAUCACGCCCACGGCCCGGCGGACGGCCAAGCGAAAGUGUACGAAUCCACCGGGCACUACGCGACGCAGGCAGUCCUCGAGGGCUACAACGCAACCAUUUUAGCCUAUGGACAGACGGGAACAGGUAUGAGCUAGUUCUACCGACUAGGGGUUUGGUUCUUUAGUUGGAUGAUGUUGACAACCAAGUGUCUUGGCAAGCGGCUCGAGUUGUUCGGGUUAAUGAAGUGCGUUCUUAUUUCCAAAUAAUUAUGUUGCUGACAAAAGAAUCGCGAAUGAUCGUCCGCCAUCUGAUUGACAAAAAAGGUAAGACCCACACGAUGGAGGGCUUCUGUUACGACCGAAAGGACGAGAAGCGGGGGAUUAUAGCACGGUCGAUGGAUGCAAUAUUCGACUCGAUCGCUAAUUUCGAAGACCGCAAGGCCCGCUUCAUCGUGCGGGCCAGCUACCUGCAGAUCUACAACGAGCAAAUAUCGGAUUUGCUUAAGCCCCCCAAUUCGGUAGCUGCGGGGGCCGUGUCCGGAGGGCAGCCGGGAAAUAACGACCGAGAUAAACAGCAGAAGUACGACGUUCGUUCGUAGUCUUUUCAAAUUAUGUCCCGGACGUUGCCGUUUGACUUUUCUGCUCUACAACCCCGUUGUCUUGAAGAAGGCAAUCAAAUCUGAAUCUAACGACUAUAGGAAAUUUUAAUUUUCCAAUCACCACGACAAUGACAAAAGCAAAACCUCCAACAGGAACCAGCACGCCAUUCCGAACCUCCGCGAGCGCAGCCAGGAGCGCAACUGGGGGCAGCAGGAAACCGAGCCGGUGACGAGCAUGAACAUUCGGGAGGACAAGAAGCGCGGCGUUUUCGUCGACAACCUGUCGGAAUGGAUCGUGCGGUCGCCGAAGGAAGUGUACUCGCUGAUCGAGAUAUGAUCCAGGAAAAAACGCCCAUCCCCAUCCAAUUUGUGAUGCAAAACAUGCAUAAAAUACACUAUUUGUCAUGCAAAAAAUGGAUGGGGAUGUUGGUUGUUUCUUCCUGGAUACGAGAAGGGCGGCAAAGCCCGCAUGAUCGCGCAGACCAAGUCCAACGAGGUCUCCAGUCGCAGUCACACCGUGUUCAUGAUUCUUGUGGAGCAGAGUACCAUUGUGAAUAGCGGAGAAGGUGGCACCAGGAAUCCAUCUCCCACUAACGAAGGCGGCGCGGAACAACUUCAGCACGAUCAUCCAGUUCAGGCCACGGGAGCAGACCACGCUGACGCGGGGGCAGCUGUCGGGGCUGCUGCUGCAACCAGCGCGACGUCAACUUUCAACGCGGGCGAGCAGAAGCAGGUGGUGCGGAUUGCGAAAUUAAACCUGGUGGACCUGGCGGGGUCCGAGCGUGUGCACUGGACCGGUGCGAAGUAUGGGAUUCUCAAAUGUUACAUUCUCAACUGUUACAUGAUUCGUCAUGCAAAUUUGCCACCAAGCUCGCCACCAUUAAGCUGCUUCGCAUGACAAAUCUCCGAAGGGGCUAAAUAGCAUGUAAAUCUUUGCCAAAUCUGUAAUGCGAGAGGCGCAAGCUUCCCCCAUUCAUUUUUGCCGUUCUUGCAUUACAAAUUCAUGUAACAGUUGAGAAUGUAACACUUGAGAACGCCAUACGAAGGGCCAGCAGCUGGAGGAGUCGAAAAAGAUCAACACGUCUUUGCUGUCCCUCGGCAACGUGAUCCACGCCCUGGCGGACAGCAACAAAAACCCGACCCGGAGCCACAUCCCCUACCGGGACUCCAAGCUGACCCGGCUGCUGGAGGAUUCCCUCGGCGGUAACUGUGUCACCACCAUCGUCGGCAUGAUCUCGCCUGCCUACGAGGCUUUCCAGGAGUCCCUUUCCACGCUGAAAUUCAUGAACCGCGCGAAGUCCAUUGUGAACAUCGCCAACGUGAAUGUGCACAGCAAUUUAUCCAGGCAAAAAGAAAAAUGCUUCAUGAUGUGCAUGAAAUAGAGUUGUUGAUGGCUGCCAGAGCAGCUUUAUCACUAUGCUCUUUUUCCUAGAACCCGCACACAGUUGGUGCUCUGAAGAAGCAGAAGACAAUAAUCUCAAUGUCGCACCACUGCGAAUUGCGUUCUUCCACUCUGUAUGCAAACUCUUUUUUCAUCGUGAUAAAUUGUGAAGAUACGAAGCGCGGAAGAGGACAACCACUUGCUGAAGCAGGCCCGCGACGAAAUUCGUCGCCUGAACGAGGCCUUGCACAUGGAAAAAACGAAGAAAAACAUCGGGCGGUCACCCGGAACCAGCAGCGGACUGCUGUACCCAGGGGGCCUCGGCGGCGGUCCGGGGUCGGGGGCCGGGCGGAGCGGGGACCCGAACUUCCCGAGUCUGAACGGGAGCCACCCCGGGGGCGGUGGCGGCAUGAUCGAUUUGAACGACUUGUCCAACAAUGGAAGAUCACCGCUCCAGGAACCCUUUGGGGGGCAGAAUGGUACUAUGGUUUUUGUAGUUUGCCAUUGCGGUCAAUGUACUAUGCUUUUCCUAGUAGUCGAAGAUGAGCACGUCGAGCAAAUGCACCAUUAUCUUGUGUUGCUGCGUAGUUGACACAGCAUCCUCAUCGUCUCGAGAAAAUUCCCCAAACUCUCAUCUCCCCAUUAUCCACCCAGACCGCGAGCUUGCCCUGACCCACACGUUGCACGCGGAGCGCAAGCAGCGACGAGAGCUUAUGGCAUUCUCAACUGUUACAUUCUCAACUGUUACACGGAUUUGUGAUGCAAGAACCGCAACAGUGAACGGGGCAAGCUUGCAAUUCUCGCAUCACAAAUUCGGCACAGAUUUAGGCGCUGCUGAGCCCUUUGGGGAUUUGUCAUGCGAGGUAGCUUGAUCGUCUCGUGGCUCAUGGCAAUUUUGCAUGACAAAUCCAUGUAACAGUUGAGAAUGUAACGUUUGAGAGCGCCAUAGAGCUGGAGCGUCGGUUGUCCGAAGUGCCGCAGUUUUUUCGGGACGGGGCGAGCUCCGUCGACGGGCAGACGGGCGUGGCCAACAGCGGCGUGAACUCGACCUCAGACCGCCAGACCGAGGGCACGGCCUCCAUCGUGGAGCACUAUGAAGUAUUCAGUGCAAAAGCAAAGGAAAAAUCGUAGACUCGUCGUGAUUGCACUUGCAGUUAAAGUUGUGCAUGUAACUGAUGCUGAUCCAUCAUAACAUUUUAGGUUGAAGAAAUUUGUAAAUGCAAGUCAUACAUCUAGAACUACAACUAGUGUUAAGUAGUGCCAUUGCGAACAUUGCGAUACUUGUUCUUUUACCGUGCAUACGAACAAAAGCUCGCCCAGCUCGAGGGUGAAAAAUCCACCAUCACCGAGGACCGGAAGCAGAUACAGAGGUAGAACUAUGUCUAAUGUCUGUUAGAAGAGUUAACAUUAACAAAUGUAUUCGAUUGUAUUGUCACUUCUUUCUUCUUCAGCACUUCUGCAACUACUUGUGUCGAACUUUAACGGAUGAAAUUACGAAUAUGAAUAUGCAGCGUCACUACACAUUUAUUACCCUCCCCAUGAUCAACGACCAGAUACAAGUCGCUUCUACUCAAGCAGCGGGACAUCAUGCGGACUUUCACCCAGCGCCUCCGCGAGCGCUAUCCACAGUAAAUUUCCUGUACACGUACAAAUGCUGUCUCUGCAUGACAAAACUUGCCUUCAAUCUUAGUCAGCAUGACAAGUUUGGCAUUCAAAGUUAGCGAAGUUUGUGAUGCAUUUUGUACAUGUACGGGAAAUUUGUAUUGCAUAAACGCGACGACAGCAUUAUGGCGUACCAGAACGAGCUGGAUAUGGCGCACUCCAAGAUUGAGGCACUGCAAGAGGAGCUGCGGAUCCGAGACGGCAAAGACGAGGCGCGGGAGAUCGCGCAGCUGCGGUCCGAACUUGUCAGCAUGUCCGAGAAGCAGCGGCACUUCGACCAGAGCCUGCACACGAAGUGGGAGUCCGCGUUGGACAAACUGCAGGAGAUCCAGCAGAGCGAGGGCAUGCCGGCCAUCACGAAGGUGCGGCUGCGAAACCAGAUCGAGCACAUGCUGGGGUUGCUCCAGCAUUGGGUCGUUUACAGUACGUCGAGUAGUAGUUCCAGUGCAGCUGGAGGUUCUGGUGGUGCGCUGCACCAGCAUCCGCAUGUGGUUCUUACCACAACGUCCAACCCGUUAUACACAGGGAACCAGCCGUCAAGUUCCAGCUCGAGUACGCCCCUAGCAAGCGGCGGACAGCACCAACGGCACCAGACGGAUGAGUUCGAAUUUCAGCAACGGCAGAUGCAGCAGUACAACACCAACUCAAAUGGUGUUGACAACGACCAGCAACACCCCCCGCACUACGUCGACACCGAGCUGCCCAUACCGGCUAAUACGCUGCAGAACCUUGCCAGUGGCGCGCAUUCUGACAACGGGAUGAUGAUGCCGGUAUUGAUGAACGGGGUAGUACCGUACCAGGGCGAGCUGAUGAUCCAGCAGGCGGGGGAGCACCAGCAGGCCGUGCCGCAAACGAGUCCGCCCAACAUGAGCGAGACGGAGCCAACAGGAGGAGGAGGAGGCUCCUCUUCGGAACCCGUGCCAGUACUGCCCCAAACAGCGUCAUCGAUCCAAAAAGCAGUUCGAUUUGGCGCUGAAGACGACCACGUGGACAUCGCGGAGGCCGUGGAAAGUUACCACGCGGCGCGAGGCCGGAUGAGCAGAAGGGGUUAUGAUGGAUUGGGGAGCAAUGACAAUAACUUCGGGGCGGGUGGAGCAGCUUCCUCCUUGAUGCAGCAAUUGCAGAGCGAUCCAGAGCAUAAGGAGAUCAUGGAAAACUUGCUGCACGGAAAUUUCGAUUUUUCCUCGACGGACCAGGUGAACCAAAUUCGGCGACGGGCGCAAGCCCUGCGCAUGAAUUCAUCUUCCGGUGCUGGCGCAUCCUCCAGCUCCUCAACGAGGCCCCGAUCCGUGCCUCCAGGCGGGCGCGCGGCAAUGGCGAGGGAGCAUCUGCUGCAAGAACAUUUCGCCGGUAGAGGCAGUACAACUACACCAACACAGCAUCACUUUGGUGGUGGGAAUAAUUUGAAUGGCAAUAAUGCUGCUGGGGGGACAAGUUCCUCUACAUCGCCAGUACAAUUUUUGGAGCAGCAGCAACAGUACAACCCCGCGAUGCGGCAGCUGCAACUCCAGCAACAGCAGCAGAUGGAGCAAGAAUUACACCAACAGAAGAUGAUGCAAAUGCACUACCAGUACAACAGCUCCCUCGCAGCAGGAGCUUCGCAACAAGCAGCAGGCGCGAUCUAUCAAAUGCAAAUAUGUCUGGGUCUGGAAGAGCCGGGACGUGUCAUGCACAUUUUGCAUGACCCGUGAGGUCUGUGAUGCUGGUGCUAGCAUCACAGAUUUUUUGAGAGCUUCUUGAUGCUAAUUACGCAUCAGAAAUGCCCUCUCCGCGUGCCAAGAACUGACUCCUCUCGCUGCUCAUGCAACACAGAUAUUUUCAGAAUGCGCAGACAGCAUUACAAGUUCCACCCUGCAGACCCAGACAUUUUCGCACUUCAUACGAUCGGGUCGAACUCGAAUUUGCUGUUUCAUGGCGGGUAUCCUGUGCAAAAGCAUCGUACGCGUAGUAAUUGCAGUCAUGCAUGACAAAUCUGGUUUCUUAGCCUAUUCAGCAUUACAAAUUGCAUUUUUCACUCUGGAAAGAUUUGUAAUGCUAUUUCUACUAGUACGAUACUUUUGUAAUGCAUAGCGGGCUGGACAUGGGGCCACUUGGUACAGCAGGAGGGCCACAAGCAGCUGCAAAUCUUCCGGACGUGUACGCCCAUAAUCCGCAUUACCCGCAGAACCAAGCCAUCUACGAGCAGCUACGGUCUCGGCCGAUUGCCGCUUUGCACUCUCUGCAAAGCAAGCCACGGAGCAGAUCGCUACCAGGUGGGACUAAGUUCAAGAAAAUGUUUCUUCUGAAGCGCUACGAUGUUCCUCAACUUCAUUUAGAAGCCACGUGUUGUGCAUGGAAGAUUUUGAGCGCGCGCGCGCCAUGACUAGUAUCUAUGUAUUUGUGAGGCGUUGCUGCAUCGUCAUCGGUAUCAAAAAAUCAACACAGGGACCCACUCCAUACGCGGCACAGCCAUAGGACGUCGGGGGCCAAGGCGGCGCGGCUCUCGCAGCCCAUCCCACCAUAUGAAAUGUGAUGAAUUUUUCUGCUUUAGCAUACAAUUGCCAUCAAGACCUGGCGGGUCAACGAGCACACUUUUCUCGUUGCAAAUUCCUCAACUGUUGUCAUGCUGCGAAAUGAAGCAAAACUAA